UCUCGCGUGGAAGCCGAAAACUAGGCAGAGGUCAAAGCUGGAAAUGGAAGAAAAGCUCAACCUGGAAGUGAUGGUGGUACUGACUCGAGGGGAAAUAAAAAAGCUGAGGAAGGCGACUGACCAGCCAACGGAGCCAGAAAUAAAAGUAGAGGAGGAACCUAUGGCUGAAGAUCCAGAGGUGCAAGAGUUACAAGUGGAAGAACCGAUGGCUGAAGGUCCAAACAAAGUGCUGGAGGAGUAUAAAAUAGGCGAAGAGGUAAUGGUGACUGAGGAGCAAAGGGGAGAACUACAAAAUUAUUUGGAACCGAUUGUGGAGGUGACGACUGAAAAGCAAGAGGAGAAAGAAGAAAAGCCAAAACAAUCGAGAGUUAAAGUGCCGAUGACCGAGGAACAGAGGCAAUACGAGAUCGAUCGAGCUAGAUCCAGGCGAGUCAAGGAAAGACAGGUGAAAUUUUACCGAGAGUCAAGAAACAAAUUUUCUUCAAAAGGCAAGUUUAUAUUGAUCUGUAAAUUUUGCAAUUCGAAAGUAGAAAGAAGCUUUCGCAGCAAGCCUAUUCCGACUCAUUGCGACGAUUGUGGGGAGAGGCUUCGUUAUAUGUGCACGAUAUGCAAAGGCGAUUAUAAAACGUACAUGACUAUGUACCAGCAUUUGAAAGGUCACAUCAAAUAUGAAGAAGAAGAGCGUCAGACGUUCUUGUGGAUUUUACAUACCGAGAGGAUGCGAAGAGAGCAAGAAAAAAAUGCUGAAAAUAAACAAAACAAUCAACAGGAGAAUCCGGACGACAAAAGUGGCUAACAAGUGUUUUACGAGAUUUUCAAUGCAAACAUUAUUCUUUUUUUUUUAAUUUUAUUCUAAACAAACAGUUUUAUUACUUUAAAUUAAAAUUAUUCCUUUUUCAUUAUCAAUUUCUGUAUUGCUCGAGAAAAUUAUUUAAUGUUUUCAGUGUACUAAUUGGCAUUAGAAGCCAAUUUACCUUCUUUAUUGUAUUACAAGAAUAAUAUUUUGAUUUUAAUGACGAAUAUUAACUAAACUAAUUUGAACUACACAAAUAACUAUGUAUUAGCGUUAUUUAGACUGUACCUGGAAUC